AUGGCCAGGCCUCAAGAAAACCCACCACCAGUCUUCACCAGCACCGCACCUUACUCGCCCAUCACCGAGCGGGAAAACGAAGGCGCCGAAGAAUAUGCAGGCGGCGGAUGCGACUGUUUCCGGCGGUUCUGUUUCGGCGGGAGCCGCAGCUCUCUGCUGCGAGAAAGGGGCACCGGCGGCGGGUCGCCGUGGCUGGUGGAGAAAUUGAAGAAACUGAAGGAGCUGUCGGAGAUGGUGGCGGGGCCCAAGUGGAAGAAUUUCGUCAGGAGAAUCGGCAAGUUCUGCAGUCCCAAGAAACACGUGAACAGCACGCAGCAGAACGCGCAGUUUAAGUACUCGCCGGAGAGCUACGCCCUCAACUUUUCCGGCGGUGAUAAUAGUGAAGAUCACGGCGGCGGAGAAGAAGAGGAGGGCAAUUUGUUGCACAGCUUUUCGUCGAGGUUUGCUCGUGCAGAACAGUCGGCUGUCGCGGACACAGAACAGUCGGCUGUCGCGGACACUGCCGUUCCAGUUCCAUUGCCACGUCGCGGUUCCGUCGCGGCUCCGUCGCGGCCGGAACAGAUUUUUUUUAAUUAA